CCCAGCAAGCAGCGGGCCGGCCUGGGAAGAAGGGAAAGAUGGCAGACGCCGAGGAAGGAGUUUUGCGGCUGGCGGGAGCCUCCAAUGCCCCAAUUUCAUUCAGCUUCAGUCGCACGUCCGCCCGGAGACGGCUGGCGGACCCGGGAGAUGGCGCAGGUGCAGCUCCGGAGGAGAAGGAUUUCUUGAAGACCGUGGAAGGGAGGGAGCUGCAAAGUGUGAAGCCUUCAGAAGCCCCCAAGGAACUCAUCAUCCCUUUGAUCCAGAAUGGCCAUUGCAGGCAGCCACCGACCCAGGCCCCUAGGCCAUCCACAGAUACUGAGGCCUUGGCGGAUGGGGUGCUGUCCCAGGCUGUGAAGGAGCUCAUUGAGGAAUCCAAGAAGUCUCUGGAGGAGAGAGAGAAUGCGAGUGUCGACCCCACGCUCGCUAUCCCCAUGAUCCAGAAAGGAUGCACCCCCAACGGGGAAGAGGCAGACGGCGAACCCCGGGCUGAGACAGUGCCCGAGGAGGCCGAUUACGAGGCAGUCCCUGUGGAGGCCUACGGGCUGGCCAUGCUGCGAGGCAUGGGCUGGAAACCUGGCGAGGGCAUUGGCCGCACCUUCAAUCAAGUGGUGAAGCCCCGUGUCAACUCACUGAGGCCCAAGGGGUUAGGUCUGGGUGCCAACUUGACUGAGGUCCAGGCCUUGGCCCCCACUGGCCCCCAUCGCCUGUCCAGGCCAGAUGAGGAGCAAGAGAAGGAUAAGGAAGACCAGCCCCAAGGACUGGUGCCUGGAGGAGCUGUGGUGGUUCUUUCUGGCCCUCACCGAGGCCUCUAUGGGAAGGUGGAAGGCCUCGAUCCUGACAAUGUCCGGGCCGUGGUUCGUCUGGCCGUGGGGAGCCGCGUGGUGACGGUCAGUGAGUACCGCCUGCAACCUGUCUCCCAGCAGGAGUUCGACAAGAACUCCUUGGAUCUCAGCCGGGGGAGCAAAAGUUCCCUAGCGCAACAAAAUGGAACAGCCUCAUCAUGGAAGGCCCUCCGAGAUCAGGACCUCCACAUCCAGCAGGAGGACUCAGAGAGGAAGCGGAAACACCUUCUGGACCGACAGGGUGGGCCUGCAGCCAAGAGUGAGAAGGCAGCCCCCAGGCGUCAGCACUGGUUGCACAGGGACCUGCGCGUGCGGUUUGUGGACAAGCUGCACAAGGGCGGCCAGUAUUACAACACCAAGAUGACAAUCGAAGAUGUCCUGAGCCCAAAUACCUGUGUGUGUCGGACAGAUGAAGGCCAGGUGUUGGAAGGGCUGAGGGAAGACAUGCUGGAGACCCUGGUCCCCAAGGUCGAGGGCAACCGGGUGAUGGUGGUUCUGGGGCCACAGGCUGGAAGGGUGGGCCGUCUGCUGGGCCGAGACAGAGAGCGGAGCCGGGCUCUGGUGCAGCUGCGGAGAGAGGAUCGGCUGGUGGAGCUUCACUUUGAUGCUGUCUGCCAAUACAUGGGCCCCAGCGACUCAGAGGAAGACUGACCUCUGGACCCACUCCCGUCCCCCAGGCUGUUACCAGUUCUGUACAGUGUGAAAAGCCUGCCAUUGUGAAGGUGGGGAGGUCAUUGUCCGCCCACACUUGCACUGCAGCCCUGGGGCAGAGACAGGGCACGAGGUGGAUGGACCAGAAGGGAGGCUAGAAACAAACCCCAUAUUUACCAGAAGUUAGUAUGUAAUAAAACCCAUUUCAAAUACUUAGUAAAAGGAAGAGAUCAUAGAUGGUGUGCUGAGCCGUGAGUGGAGGUGGGAGCUGCGCUGAUGGGGGUGGGAACCAUUCCAUUGGUCAGCCCAACCUCCCUGCUCAGGCUGCCAGACAAGUUAAAGGAUCCAUUUGCUCACAAGCUCACCCUCGGAAUGCAGAAGCUGUGAAAUCUGUCCCCUGGGCAAAUACUAAGGAGUCUGGAACGCCACAUCACUGGAAAACUUUCUGAGCAAGAGUCCUGGCAGUGCUUUUACACUUGGUCCAGAGCAGACACCCAGAGGAUGUCUUGAGCCGGUGACAGGCGUCAAGAGAAAGGGAGGCUUCUUCCCACAAAUGGGAUGUGUUAGCACUACUUUCCAGAGAAGUCAGUUAAUUUGGGGACCCCCGUUUUAGUCCCAAAACUUUGGCUUGUAGGUAAAAAGGUUUUGUCUGUCUUGGGUAAAAUUUCUCUGGUUGCUCCAGGUAACUGGAUUCUCAAAAAAGUUAUUGUUAGAGAAUCCUCAAACUUCCUUUUUAAUGGCCUGAGAUACAAAAUCAAUGAGAAAAGUCAGAGCUUUAGGCACAAUUGUUUCUAAAUCAUCCCCAAUCACUAAGUUGUUGAUAUAAUAAGUGGUAUUUGAGUUGGAUCUAGGCCACUGAUACAAACUCCUGGUGCAUCAGAACAUGGCACAGGGAUGGAGAAUUUAAACCCUUACCCCUGGAGCAGGAUGAUGGAGGUUAGCUGCUGUCCUUGCCAAGCAGAGGCAGACUGCUGUUUAGAGCCAAGAUGAGCAGGUACAGAAAAACAAGUUGGCCAGAUCAGUGGUCGUAUGCCCAGUAAGGUAUGGAGUGUUCAGAAAAUCUUCCAAUAUGGUAACCCCAACAUGAAGUACACUUCCACGGACUGAUUUACUUCUUUGUCAUCCCUAAUUAAUUCCAGAACUCAUCUGUUUUCAAGAUUAGCUAAACAGGGUUGUUAAGGCAGACGGAGGUUCCUCCAGUUUUUGAGUCAUCAUUGUGAUUGCACACAUUGCCCCCUAAAUUCCUGGCUGGGUUCCAUUAUUAACCUUGGGGGGAAGAGUUGGGAGUUCUAGAGGUUCCCAAUCUGGCAUGUCCAGUAAUCAGUUUCCUAUGCUGUGUGUGCUUCACCCAGUCAAGAAGGCCUCCUCCUUUCUCCAAUCAUAGUAAAUCCAUCUUGGUAACACCCUUGAGAAGGCCUGAAAGCUCCCCGGGGAGUGGCACUGGUCCGCUGUGUCUGCCUGCAACAUGGCAUAACCUGGCAGUUUCAGACAAUCCUUCCAUCUCCUCCAUGCGCCACAAUGCUUAAAAUAGAUCUUUCAUCAGAUUCUGAUUUCCUGGAGUUCAUGUUUCUCCCAAGCCUGCCUUUGGAAAUGGGACCUGAAGUUUUUGAAUAUGGCCCUGUGUCGAGAACGCCUAGUCCUAGGCAGAGGGCCUGGUCCCCCUCGACAGACCGUCGGGGCUUUUUGUGCUUUCCCUGAGAGGAUGCCUCCUGAUCCCUCAGUUUGAGGACAGGGCUCCUUACAUUCCAAGAAGUGUGGACAGUAUCAGGAGGCUUUCCCAAUCUGCUCCUUGUUCAUUGGAUAUAAACAAAGACUUGUUUCUACAGACUCUCUGCGUCUGCGCAGUUGUCUCUCGGCGUGCUGCCUGCCAUUUGCCUGCUGCCAAGGUUGCCCUUUUGGCUGCGGUUACUGCAGCAACAGCUUCUGGGAGCCCAUGAAUUCUCCACGGACCACUCAGGCUGGGGACCAUGACCUGUACAAUUUGUCCAGACUGGCUUCUUCCACAUCACAGUGACUGAGCAAGAUGUGGGUGAAAAAGCAUCUGCCUCUUCUGCCAAGUCUCCAGAAGUUUCCCUGGCAGGAUGCUGCAUCUGUUAAAAACUGUCCAGACACUGAGCCAGGAAUUUGUGGCAGCAGACUCAAGAAGCAGCUUCUUUGCGUUUCAGAGAGAAGUGAAUUAUUUGGGUGAUUGGGACUGCUGCCUGUGGCUGAGCUUAGUGGCGAAUAUAUACAGGUCCCCUCUGUUUUCUCACAUUCCUUCCUCAGUGGGGGGAAUGCUCCCCUCCACUCCCAUGUUGGAGCCUCUUAACCUCCACGUUUGUAGCACCAGGCAGAGGGAUAAGAUAUCCAACAACCUGGAAACUCCGUGAGGGGGAGUGGGACCUCACCAACUGUCCUUCUUGCCCCAAUUCAUUCUACAAGCAUCUGUUGAGCUGCUACUGUAUGCCAGGUACUGUUUUGCGUGCUAGGGAUACAAUCGAGAGUAAAUCAUUCAUUCAACAAACACUGAGUCUCUACUAUAUGCCAGCAUGAUUCUAGGUACUUGGGAUACAGCCAUGAGCAAAACAAAGAUCCUUGCCCUCGUGGAGCUUCAUCCAGUGGGGCUGAGAGAUGAUAAGCAAUAAGCAUAAGAAGUAAAUUAUCUAGUAUGUUAGGAGGUGCUAAGAACCAAGGGGAAGAAAACAGGGUAAAGGGAAUCUGGUGUGGGCAGAUGGCAGGAUUCAUAGGAUGGCCAGGGGAGGCUUUACUGCAGAGGUGACAUUUGAGCAAAGAUAAGGAAGGAAGAGAGUCAUGCAGCUCUCUGGAGACAGUGGUCCAGGCAGGGGGAACAGGAAGUGCAAAGGCCCUACGGGGGCACCAUUGCUGGUGUGUUUGAGGAAUAGCGUGGAGGCCACCGCGGCUGCAGGGGAGUAAAUGAGAGAGAGGGAGGUAGAAGGUCAGGUCGGAGAGGUACUGUAGUGCUUCGAGGGCCACACUCAGUGUUCUGACUGAGGCGAGAAUCACAAGAAGCAUCCAUGCAGCCACUGCCAAAGAGCACCUGCUGAUGCCCCACCACCACCACGCACACGGCCACACUAAAUACACUUGACCCUCUAGUGAUUUGGUCAGGCUGGCUGAUUUCCACUGUUGGGAACUGAUUCUCCCAUUGGCUGUCCAGUGAGGCUGCUAGAACUGCCUGGAAGGCUUACCUCUCCAUCAAUGCCAGUCAGGGUAAUUGCCUCAAACUUGGGAAGCAUCGCCCUUCCCAGGCCUCAGAGGCAUCCUCAGCACCAGACUUCCAGGCACCUUUGACCUUUUACCACUUCUCUGGGAAAGUUAUCAUUGCCUGAAGAUCACCAGACACCACCAGCUAAAGGGAGAAGCACUAAAUGUGUCCCCGUUUCCCCACAGCAUCUCAAAAGAAGACUAAACGCCACAACUUUCCUCACUAAUCUUUCGGAAGUUCUGAUUUUCCUCAUCACCUCAUCCCAUCCUUGUCUCCAAAAGUGCUUUAAGUCAUUAGGGAAUUGCAAAUUAAAAUGAGUUACCACUACACACCUAUGAGCGUGGCAAAAAUCCAACACACUGACGACACUAAAUGCUGACAAGGAUGUGGAGCAAAAGCAACUCUCAUUUAUUGCUGGGGAGAAUGUAAAAUGAUAUAGCCACUCUAGAAGACAGGCUGGCUGUUUCCUACAAAACUGAACAUACUCUCACCAUAUGAUCCAGCACUCAUGCUCCUUAGUAUUUACCCAAAGGAGUUGAGAACUUAUGUCCACACAAAAACCUGCACACAGAUGUUUAUAGCAGCUUUAUUCAUAAUUGCCAAAACUUGGAAGCCACCAAGAUGUCCUUCAGGAGGUGAAUAGAUAAAUAAACUGUGGUUCAUCCAGACAGUGGAACAUUAUUCAGUGCUAAAAAGAAAUGAGCUAUCAAGCCAUGGAAAGAUAUGGAGGAACUUUAAAUGCCUACUAACAAGUGAAAUAGGUCAAUCUGAAAAGGCUACAUACUGGAUGAUUCCAACUAUGGUAUUCUAGAAAGGGCAAAACUAUGGAGAUAGUAAAAAGUGGUUGCCAGGAGUUAGGUGGGAGGGAGGGAUGAACAGGCAGAGCACAGAGCAUUUUAGGGCAAUGAAACUAUUUUGUAUGAUAUUAUAAUGGUGGAUACAUGUCAUUAUACAUUUGUCCAAACCCAUAGAAUGUACAACACCAAGAGUGACCCCUAAUGUAAACUGUGGACUUUGGAUGACAAUGAUGUGCCAUUGUCAAUGAAUGUAGGUUCAUUGAUUGUAACAAAUGUACAACUAUGGUGCAGGAUGUCAUAGUGGGGAAGAUGUGUAUGGGGAGGAGGGGAGCAGGAAUAUAUUUUCCACUCCGUUUUGCUAUAAAUCUAAAAGUGCUCUAAAAAAUAAA